ACUUUAAACAAUAGAAUAUUUUAUAUUAAAGAGAACACUUCUUAAUGGUGGUUAUCGGGACUUCCUGAUGAGAAAGAUGUCUGAAAUGACCGGCUGAUCGUGUACCAGUCAGUAGAAUACUCAGCAGCAUUCGUUUUAUUCGUUUACACACAUACUUGCCUUCAAAUUUGUCUUCUUGGGAAACGGAUGAAAACCUGAGGGGAUGCAGCGGGUUCGGCAGCACAAUGAGUCCUCGAACCUAACGAAGCUCGCAGCAAGAGAAGGUGUCGGUAACCAUGGAGAAUCUGACAAGUAUGAUGGAGUUGGUAAACAACUCAAUGAACGAGACAGAGGGCAUGAAGCCGAUGCCCUGGAACCCUCUCGAAUACCAGGUGGUCACGUUACUGUUGGUCCUGUUGAUCUGUGGUGUGGGGAUAGCUGGCAACGUCAUGGUAGUUCUCGUGGUGCUGAAGACCAAGCACAUGAGAACCCCCACUAACUGCUACCUGGUGAGCCUGGCCAUCGCAGACCUGGUUGUACUCUUGGCGGCCGGUCUGCCCAAUAUCACCGAGAGUGUGACUGCCUCUUGGGUCUAUGGAUACGUGGGAUGCCUUUGUAUCACGUACCUUCAGUACCUAGGCAUCAACGCGUCCUCGUGUUCCAUCACCGCGUUUACCAUCGAGCGGUACAUUGCAAUCUGCCACCCCAUCAAAGCACAGUUCAUCUGCACUGUGUCCAGAGCAAAGAAAAUAAUCGCAUUUGUAUGGGUCUUCACUUCUGUAUAUUGCGUGAUGUGGUUCUUUUUACUAGACAUCAAGCAGAUUCCACAUGCUGAUGGCAUUGAGGUGGUUUGUGAUUAUAAAGUGUCCAGAAACCAUUACUUGCCCAUCUACUUCCUGGACUUCACUAUGUUCUACGUGAUACCGUUAUUGGUGGCCACGGUCCUUUAUAGUCUCAUUGCUCGGAUCCUGAUUCUGAAUCCCAUUCCCAACACCCCACAGGAUACAUCCAAUAAUUCCAUUCACAAGGGACCCUCCAAAACCGUCAAGACGUCCGGUGGCCGCAGCAAGAGUGCUCAAUCUUCAAGGAAGCAGGUCACACAAAUGCUGGCAGUGGUGGUUAUCCUAUUUGCACUCCUGUGGAUGCCCUACCGAACCUUGGUGGUGGUCAACUCGUUCAUGAAUGCACCCUACUUGAACGUCUGGUUUCUGUUGUUCUGCAGGAUGGGUAUUUAUCUGAACAGCGCCAUCAAUCCUAUCAUUUACAACCUAAUGUCGCAGAAAUUUCGAGCUGCCUUCAAAAAACUAUGCACAUGCCAACAGACACAGGUGGAAAAGUCUACUGCCUAUAAUAUGCCUGUUUACUACAAGGUGAUGAAAGAUAUGUCACUUGAAAGUCCUGAUGAUGAUCUAACAGAGCAAGAGGAUAUCAAUGGAUAUCCCAUUUCUAACAAAGAGAUCCAGUUUAAUAAUUCCAGAAGUGACAAAACAUUUAAAGUGGCCUGAAGCAGUAAUGUUCAUCCCAAAACCAAGAUGAUAAAAUGGAAAGCUUAUUUGCCUAGAAUAUGUUAUAAAUUAUUCAUCGUUCCCCUUUGUUGCAUGUGUAAAAUAUUUUCGCAUAGAAUGUUAAUUCCUUGAUGUUUUUAAAAUAAGCAACCAUACUCUGGAAAAUUAUUCUAUUCACUUUCAGGCAAGAGUUGUGAUUUAAAUUACAACGAAUCUGAACAUUGAUUUUACACUUGAAAAUAAGAACUACUGUAUUAUGAUCAUCUGCCUUUAAUAGAUAAGGAGAAGGAACCAUCAUGAUUGUACACAAUUCAAACAAAAGAAUAUCUGCAGAUGCUGGAAAUACUAAACAACACGCACAAAAUGGUGGAGGAACCUAGCAGGCUAGGCAGCAUCUACAGAAAAGCAGUCCUGAUGAAGAGUCGCAGCCUGAAACGUUGACUGUUUGCUCUUUUUCAUAGAUGCUGCGUGGCCUGCUGAGUUCCUCCCAGCAUUUUGCAUGUAUUGCUACACAUAUUUAUAUAUCCAGUUUUAUACUUCAAACCAACAAUCACACAGAAAAUUCUUGCCUUUGCAACAGUUUGUAAGUACUGCAUCAUUAAACAUGUAUAUUAUCCUGAUAAUUCUGGAAUAAUGUAAUAGUUCCUAAUUAUCAGUUUAUUUUCAUUUAUCAUGUUAUUAGAAUAAGCAUAACAGAAUGCCUGUGAAGCCCUGCCAUUUAAAAUAUUCAUCAGGAGGGGUGCAUGAAUAACAUAAUACCACAAUUCCACAAUUAAUCCUUAGCAAUUCUGAAAUUGGUUAUUGCAGGGAAAGCAAUUUAAAAUACGUACAAAUUUUAAAAUUAUUUGAUUUAUUCCUUCGAUCCGUAUUUUUGAUAUCUACAACAAUCAAAAGUAAAAGUGCCAGGAGGGAGAUCAGUGGAGAAGGACGAAUGGGCAAGGGAGUCGUGCAGGGAACGAUUCCUGCGGAAAGCAGAAUGUGGGAGUAGGGGUGGGGGGUGUGGAGGGAAAGAUGUGACACAUUUCACUGUAUGUUUCGAUGUACAUGUGACAAAUAAAGUUGGUCUUUAUCUUUACAUCUCUUGUGCUAAAUUUUUCAAUAUGUUUUGCUUAACAUUAUCAAGAGUUGAAAAUGAAAAUGGAUGCAACAAUCCUAAACUAAAAUGGGAUUGAAUAUUUUUAAAUGUUAUUUUACCUGUUGCAUAUUGCAUUCUAAAUUCAGUUGGUAAUUCAUGCUGUGAAGUUCAAAACAAUUAUGCUGCUACAUGUAAUUUGUUAAUAUUUACAUGGAAGUAUCCUUAAAAAUGUUGUGGCUCUGAAUAUUUAUUAGAUAGAACACAUUGCACUUUCUGUAACUGUUAAUAUUGGAUAAAUAUUUAUUGAUUAAUUUAUUGAGCUUAUUAUAUAUUAUUGAUAAUCCUGUAGCAGAACUCUGUAUAGUAUGCAGUUGUGUUUAAAAUGCAAACAAUCACGUAGCACUCAAGCAAAUAUUCCAAAGCUUUUAAGUAGGUUUGUUGAUUUGAUAUAGCUGAGAAUGUGGACAUGCUUCGUAGUCAAGUCACACUUUAUUUAUGUUGUGAGAGGAGACACUUAAAUGUUCUUUAGAUAUCUGAAAGAUCCAGCAUUAUAUGCUUUGUGCACCUUUGCUUAUGAUAUUGAUUUACUGUGUGUCUGGAUAGAGAUAUUUUUCACAGGAAUAGAUCUGUGAUCUUUUUACAUGUAUUGUAGAAAUUUAAUAAUUUGAGUAUGUUGCCCAUGUAUUGAACUGUAAAGUGACAAGAGAGUCUGUAAUAUUAUGUAAAUGUUCUUGUAAUUAAGCAUUGUCCAUUAG